AGGCAAUAUGCACAGGCUCGUUCUCACCUUUGAUGCUAUGGAGGUUGCAACAGAGCCUCUCCUGUACCUCGAGGAGCUGCGGAAAAUCCAGAUGUUCAUGGAGAUCACUCUACUACAGAGAUUCCCUCACCUACGGACAAUCUGUUUGGACGUGCGUAGCACUGAGGAGACGCUUCCAUGGUGGAAGACGCAUAUAGGAGAAUGCUACCCAAUGUUGCUUUCAAAAGGGAUACUUGAGGUUGCGACAAGCAGGAUGCAUAGCACGCGCAGAGACUGGCAUUUCUAAUGACGAUCUGUGGCUCUAUGAUAUUGUUCUAUUCGAAGUCGAACAUAUCUUCUCCAACGCAACACUUACUAAACAACACCGAGCCAUAUAGUCCUCAACCAAUGCCGAAAGGUAGAGGGAGACCACUGUACCUCAGUCGCCGUCAAUCCUCGCCACCAUUCUACAUCAUCAGCCGGGUGCGGGGCGUCCUUUCC